CUUUCGGAUACUGCAAUUCAGAUACUGAUCUUAAUGGCGGAGAGUGUUCGAACACCAUGACUGUUAAAGCAUAUCCCCUAGGUAUUGUACGUGUAAACAAUAAUGUUAAUGGAGAGGACGAAGGGGAGUCUAGAUUUGAGCCAUACGUUGGGUUGGCGUUUGAUUCGGCCGAUGAUGCUCGCGAAUUUUACACUUCAUAUGCAACCCGUAUUGGAUUCAAAGUUCGCACUGGUCAGUUGUACCGGUCACGAACUAAUGGGUCAGUUUCUUCAAGGAGAUUUGUGUGCUCCAAGGAGGGGUUCCAGCUCAAUUCAAGGAUGGGUUGUCCAGCAUUCAUUAGGGUGCAAAGGCGUGAUUCUGGCGAGUGGGUUAUUGACCAAAUCCAUAGGGAUCAUAAUCAUGAAUUGGGGCUUUUGGGGGAAAAUUCUCCUCCUGUUGCUAAAAAAUCUUCAGUUAGUGUCUCCCGCAGGUCGAAGGUCAAAUUGGUCACAGAAGUUGAUGAUGGACAGCCAUGUCCAUCAGGUGUCAUUAACAUGAAACGCCUAAAAAUUGGAGGUCAAGAAGGACAAACCAAGGCUGAACCAUCUGCAGGUCUGGAGUUCAGUUCAGCUGAUGAGGCAUAUCAGUUUUAUCAAGUGUAUGCUGAAAAUAAUGGCUUCAGGGUUCGAAUUGGUCAGUUGUUUCGUUCAAAGCUUGAUGGCUCAAUUACGUCCCGGAGAUUUGUGUGCUCAAAGGAAGGGUUUCAACAUCCUUCAAGAGUUGGCUGUGGGGCAUUUAUGAGGAUCAAGAGACAAGACUCUGGGAGGUGGGUGGUGGACCGUCUUCAGAAAGAUCAUAAUCAUGAUUUUCAUACACAAUGGGGAACUGGUAAAAAAAGUUUGAAGGCUUCAAAGAAACUCGUUGAGGAGGUUAAUGGGGGAUUGGACUCUAUGGAUCUAGUAGACGUCCGAAGCAGCAACCUUAUCACAAGUGAUUGAGAAAACAACAUUGGAAGUGAUUGGUACCAAGUGCUUUUUGAUUAUUUCCAGACUAAACAAGCAAAAGAUACAGGAUUUUUUUAUUCAGUCGACGUACACGAUGGUAGUUGCAGGAGUGUUUUCUGGGCAGAUGGCAGGUCUAGAUUUUCAUGCAGUCAGUUUGGUGAUGCAAUUGUUUUUGAUACUUCAUAUAGAAAAGGUGAAUAUCUGGUACCCUUUGCUACUUUUGUUGGAGUUAAUCACCACAGACAGCCAGUGCUUCUUGGGUGUGCUCUUGUUUCUGAUGAAUCAAGGGAGUCUUUCACUUGGUUGUUUCAGACAUGGCUUAGGGCAAUGUCAGGGUGCCGGCCAAAGUCGAUUAUAGCUGAUCAAGACAUGUCCAUUCAGCUAGCUAUCGCCCAGGUUUUUCCUGGGACUCGUCACCGUUUUUCAUUGUGGCAGAUCAGGGCACAGGAACGGGAGCUUUUGAGGUCGAUGACUAAUGACUUUGGGUAUGAAUAUGAGAGGUGCAUCCUUCAGAGUCGAACAAAUGCUGAAUUCAAUACCAUGUGGAAUGGGCUGAUAAACAAAUAUGGAUUGAAGGAGAAUGUCUGGCUAAAAGAAAUGUAUGAGAGGCGUGAAAGCUGGGUUCCAUUGUAUUUAAUGGGAACCUUUUUUGCUGGCAUCCCAAUGAAUGAAAGUGUUGAAUCUUUCUUUGGUACUUUAGUGAAUGCCCAGACACCGUUGGAUGAGUUUAUCUAUCAAUAUGAACAAGCUCUCGAGCAACGUCGUGAAGAGGAAAGGAAAGAGGAUUUUAACUGUUUUAACUUGCAGGCGUACCUUCAAACGAAGGAACCUGUUGAGGAACAAUGUAGAAGGCUCUAUACACUUACUGUGUUCAAAAUCUUUCAAAAUGAACUUUUACAAAGCUAUGGCUAUCUCGGAAUAAAGGCUUAUGAGGAAGGGACUGUCAGCAGAUACGCAGUUCCGAGGUGUGAUAAUGAGAAUGAGAAACAUGCUGUUACAUUUAGUGCAUCCAAUCUGAAUGUCAGUUGUAGCUGUCAAAUGUUUGAAUUUGAAGGUGUCCUUUGUAGACAUGUUUUGCGAGUAUUCAGCCUGUUGGACAUAAGGGAAAUACCAUCGCGCUACAUAUUGAGUCGGUGGACAAGGAGUGCCGAGUAUGGUGUUGUACGUGAUGCUCAAUCAGGGGUUGGCAUUCAAGAACUCAAGACCUCGAUGCUGUGGAGUCUAAGGGAAACAGCCUGUAAAUACAUAGAGACCGGCACAUCAUCCCUAGAAAAAUACAAGCUUGCCUAUGAGAUUUUGCGAGAAGGUGGAAAGAAACUGUCUUGGUAAACUAUCCGGAGCGAGGGCAGACAUCACUGCAGGUUAAUUUUUGUAGUUCGAUUGUGUUGUUAGUUGCUCCUUAGGUCUUAGUUGUUUUGACUGAAGAAGACCUUUGUCCAGAUCGUCUCUCUCUCUGAAUCAUAUUAUUGAGUACUGCUUGAUGUUGGUCGAGGUUUCAUUGAUUGAUUGCGAUGUUUGUCAUGAAGGCUCAGAGCCACUCCCUGCAACUUCAGUAUUAGAAUUCUGUGGCUAUGAUCCAUUUGUACAUCUUGCUAUUCUCCUGAGAGUUCAUUUGGUUUGCUUUACAUUGAUAUUUGGUGCAUAAACGGUAUCAAAGUGAAAAAAAAAGAAAAAAAAGAGAGGAUAGUAUUGAUGCCAUGGUUGGGAAGAGGAAGAUCUGCUGAAUCCCACGACAUUUUCGCGGCUAUCAGAGUGAGAGGAGGCACGGCAGCAUAAGAUGGCCAAGUCUAGCAAUGGUGUUUGAGAUAAAAGACAUGAAUGGUUCCUGAACAUAGAAACAAAAGAGGGGGCAAAUGAGUUGCAAUGUAAGCCAUUCCUUUACGUAAUCGUCCAAGGCAAGCAAAUUCUCAAAGGGUUAUAUUAGAUUUCUAAAGUAUUAAUACUCAAUUAGGUUGUUCAAGCAUGCAAUCUAAGCAUUUACGAACAAUGAUUAACUCCUGUUAUUAGGACCCUUACGAACUUAAUUCUUAAGCCAAGGGUAUGUGAGAAGUUGAAUGUUGGUUGUUGUCUAAGAGGUGAAGAAUAUGUUCCCUUACAUUACAUGGAUCUAAACCAGCAAAAGCUUAUGUUUCAUAACAGCAGUUAUUGAUGCAGAUUCAUAUUGUCUGA